AUGGAACAUGCGACCGCUCGGAUCUCGCAAUAGAAGCUUUACGAGCAACCUGACAAAAUGAUCGGACAAACGAUACCAGGAGACACGACGGUACGCUUACCUUUAAAAUCUUCUAGCCAAUGUCAUCACAUAUAAUUUUCUGUAAAAAAUUGAGGUCACUACCGCAGCUCCUCGAGUGAUCGAAGCAGAGCCGAAUGAAACGAUUUUUCGCUUCUACGAAGCUGCCCGAUAAAAUCGCAUCGCGUAGUAUGUGGCGCCUCCACAUUUGUCAUUCGAUGUGUCCAACGUAUUAGAGAAGGAGAUGAAAUAUCACGAAUAACCGACUGUUUCCUUUUGAUAUUCUAAUAACAGAAUAUAUCAUUUUUACGAGUAUAUCCGUAUUGUUUCGCUGGUAAGAAUUUGUUUGUACUAUUUGUACGGAAUAUCGGUUUCGCGAAAGGAUAACAGUGGCGUGCGACACGGGCGUAAGAUUCGAGGAUAAUCAGGAAAACGCAAUUGCGCGGAGGGUACCGUGUUUAUGGCGGUGGACCGGUGGAGAGCGAGGCCGGCCCUGAACCGCGGUGCGCGAGUACGAUGCGCAACAGCAAUACGGCGCCUAGUGUCAGUCAACCCGUUGACGGCUUGUUGCGUGCGUCGUUUUUACGAGUGCGCUCGUCCUGGCACGGCCAGCACCGAGAGAUAUUUCGAACGAAACGGAAGGAAACGGUGAAUUCGGUGAAUAUUCGAGCUCGAGGUACCGCCGCGCGAGUGCCGGUACGUGUUCGACGCGAGAUUUCGUAGAAACGCGAAGGGAACAGCAGCAGUAGCCCACCGUCGAUGCGUCCCUCGACGUAGACGCGCGACAUCGAAAAAUGUAGACUGGUUUUUUGACAGGAAUCGGAGAUGUGUAUACGAUCGACGGGCAAGACCGAUGAUAAUCGUGCCGGAAGAUCGUUCGCAGGUUAAAUCGGAGCGGUGACGUCGAUCGGUCGAUCGUUCGAGGUAAAAGGAUACGUUCGAAUGGGAUGUCGUGACCGACGAAUCCGCACGCCAUCGCGACAAGCCUCCGUGCCCUCGGUCGUCGGUCGUCGGACGUCGGACGUCGGUCGUCGGGGUGGUUGGCUGCGAGCGAAGACGAUCGACUCGGACUUUGUUCUUUCGAGCGCGCUUCUCGAAGAUCGUUGCGCGCAGAGGAUGGACGCGGAAAGAAAGCCGUAGGUGGGAGUUGCAACGUUGACGAAGCUCGAGGCGGAAACCAGGGGAGAGAUCGAUCGGUCGUCGGUGGGUAACCCGCGUCGAUCUUUGACACCGAGGAAAAAGGAGGGCCGUCGUCGCGAGUAGCCGAGAGAGCGAGCAGACGGGCGAGAGCGGCGGACGGUCGGACGGGGCGAAGGGCUAGGAGGAGUGGCUGCUGCUCUCGACGUGGCGGACGAGUCGACGGAAGAGAAUGGAGGACGAAUUACGAUGCCCUUGUUGCAAGGAACUGUUCGUGGAACCGGUGCUGCUGCCCUGCUGGCACGCUCUUUGUCUGUCGUGCGCGGUGAACCUGCAGGCGGCGCCGGACUCGCCGCCGGAGUCGACGACCGACUCGUCGAACGCGCCCGGCUCCGACCAGGAGGCGGACAAGCUCUCGAUUCUCUCCGAGACGGACUCCGGCGUGGUCUGCAGCAGCACCUCGACGAGCUCGCGGCCCGGCAGCUACGUCGGCACGCCGGGGAACGGCGGCUUCCCGCCGUCGGGCGGCACCUUGUGCCUCUCCUGCCCCGUCUGCCAAAAGACUGUUUACUUCGAUGAGGGGGGCGCGCACAACCUGCCCAAGUACAGGGCGAUGCAGCGGAUCGUCGACAAGUACCACGAGUCCAGGAACACGAAAAUGCAGUGUCAGAUGUGCGAGGGCGAGCCGCGGGACGCGACCGUUGCCUGCGAGCAGUGCGAGGUGCUGUACUGCGACGGCUGCAGGGAAUCCUGUCAUCCGAAGAGGGGACCGCUGGCGGCUCACAAUCUGGGCCCACCUCGGGGCAGCUGGCAGUCGAACGGAACCAAAGGAUCCCGAGGCUCGAGCGCCGAGCCGACACCGGUCUGCAACGACCACAACGGCGAGCCUUUAACCCUCUACUGUGCCCUCUGCAAAAUCGCGAUAUGUGCUCUGUGCCUUCGAGAACGACACGCGGCGCAUUCCCACGACGUCCUACCGUUGGCCGCUGCCUGUAAAGCGCAAAAGACGGAACUCUCGCAGAAUUUGCAGCAGCUGUCGGAGAGGGCACGCUCGACGACGGAAUUCAUUCAGAGGCUCAAAGGAAUGACGGACAAAGUGCACGAGGAGUGCGUGGCUCUGGAAGAAGAGGUCGAAGACAGAGUGGCGAAUCUGGUGAGUGUUUUGCAAGCGAGAAAGUCUCGGCUGAUCGAAGCCGCCCGGCAAACCAGAGAAGCGAGGGUGCGUUCGCUGAGGGACCAAGUAACCAGAUGCGCCUCUCACUUGCAAGCGACCACGGCCCUUCUGACGUUCUGCAUCGAGGCUCUGAAGGAAACGGACAGCGCGGCGUUCCUUCAGAUCGGCGGCAUGCUUUCGGUCCGAGCGGCGAACGCAGCCGGAUCGUGGGGCGGCGCCGAAGGGGUCCAAGAGAUCGCGAGGCUACCUCUGCUCGAUCUCACGCUCGACGACAAGCCGCUCAGACGCGCCAUCGAUCAGCUCACCUUUGUCCAGCUGAAACCACCAGGAGCACCUCUAUUGAUACCAGAGGAAUGUAGCGCCGAAAACAAUAGCGUGACCGUCGCUUGGCAGCCUCCUCCCGGGCACGGAAUCACCGGAUGCGGCGGCGGCCAACGAGGCCCGGCCAUCGAGGGCUACCUCUUGGAGCUGGACGACGGAUGCGGCGGAGAAUUCAGGGAAGUAUACUGUGGCCGGGAAACGAUCUGCACCGUGGAUGGAUUGCACUUCAACUCUCUGUACAACGCUAGGGUGAGGGCGUUCAACAGCGCCGGAGAAGGCGAAUAUUCGGAGCUGAUCGGUCUUCAAACAGCGGAGGUGGCGUGGUUUUCGUGGGCGACCGGAUCGACGGGUAUACCGCAGGAGGUGUCGAUAUCCGAGGACGCGAUGAGCGCGUCCUGCGAGGGCUACGAGCACAGAGUCGUCCUUUCGAGCGUCGGAUUUUCGAGGGGUGUCCACUACUGGGAACUGACCAUCGACCGUUACCACAGCGACACGGAUCCAGCGUUCGGCAUCGCGAGGGCCGACGUGUCGCGAGAUCAAAUGCUCGGCAAGGACGACAAAGGUUGGAGCAUGUACAUAGACCGGCAGCGUUCCUGGUUCAUGCACGGCGGCGGACACGCGCAGAGAACCGAAGGUGGCGUGCAGCAGGGCUCGACGGUGGGCGUCCUCUUGGAUUUGGACACGACCCACACGCUUCGCUUCUUCGUCAACGACCAACCGCAAGGAGGGAUCGCGUUUCGCGAUCUAUACGGCGUAUUUUAUCCAGCUGUCAGCUUGAACCGAGGGGUGACCGUCACUCUGCACACGGCUCUCGACGUGCCCCGUCAUUUGUUGGCGCUUCACGAAGAGUACAUGACCGAUAUCGUUCAGAGCUAGGGGUACCUAAACGUCCUGAAAAAGGGCUUGCUGCAGGAAGUCGUCGGAGCGGCCGGACCCGAGCUUUUCGAGAGACUCAGAGAAUCCGCCGACGGUCAACUCGAGAAGAUAAUCGAAGAGAGCCUAGUCGAGACCAAUUGACGGCAAUCCUCCGAUGACGGCCGAUCUCGUUUCACCGGACGUUCGUCCGUUUUUCCCCGCGAUCCUCGAUGAAUCGGUUCGUCGUGUUCGGAAAUCUAGUCGCGUCUCGCUCCCAGAAACGCGGUUGACGCGCACCGUCAAUUUCGAAUCGCCGAUUCCGCGUACCUUCGCGGCGCGAACUACAGAGAAAAGAUACAGGAAGAGGAUUCCAGCUCGAACGAUCUUCGCGAAACGCGAACCGAACAUGGAACAAUGAUCUCGUACAACCGAAAAUAUCUUGGGAGAGUAGGAACGACUCUUUCUAACGGACAGACAAACUUGACGACGCGCGAAAGGUUCGUCUCGUUUAGAACCACUGCCACUAGAGAAAGAGAGAGAGAGAGAGAGAGAGAGAGAGAGAGAGAAUCGUCUCUCCGAUCGAAGACUGCUAUUUCGGGAAAGCAUGGAAAUCGACGUGUUCUUCGUCCCAUGAUCGCGCGCGCGAUCGUCUUCUUAACCAUAUCGUCGCGUAUAAGUGUACUCGCGUAGAUUCAUAAGCUCUAUAGAUAAGUAUUUAAUAAAACGCAUUUCGAAGGAAGAAGGUAAGAAGGAAGGAAGCAGGCGAGCAAGCAAGCAAGCAAGCAAGCAAGCAAGCAAGCAAGCAAGGAUGCACAUACGCACGCAAACUGGUCAGCUUUAGCGUAAAAUAACGAAUCGAGUAAAUGUUUUCUAGUCCCCGAUAGGAUCCUCCACUUUUUUUCCACGUUGUCCCCAGUUUUCCUCGUUCGGCCCAACUUCUCGCGUAUCUCGCGUAUUCGCGACAUUUUCAUUCGCAUCGUUUUCCAUCGUUUUAUACCUGAACGUUCACGAAGAAGGCGAAUACUUUUAAACUACAUGUUGCAGCGCGAACCCUCGUGAAACCGCUCCUCCAGCGACGAGGAGGAUCAACGUCAGCGUUGUACAUAAUUGUACAUAAAUGUUUCGAUUGUACCGCCGAUCAACUUGCCAAUUGUAUUUACGACUGUAUCCGAUCAAUAAAACGCACCGAAAGACACCAUUAUCUUUGCGUUGUCCACGAUUCUCUUUUCUCUUUUCUCUAUUCUCGUUUCUUGACUCGUCCUCGCCCUCGCAACGAAAUCGGACUCGAACGGCCGCAAAUCGAAAGCUAUUUCCCUCUUUGUCUAGCUGUGUAUAUAUAUGUAUAUAUAUAUGUAUAUAUAUAUAGGAAAACAUAGGUCGCGUUUUCUUUGAAAGUUCGCUGGUAAUGAAAACGUGGAAAAGAAGGAGGAAGAGUUAGCAGACGAUGCGAGAUCAUCCCACCUGUCGUUUUCGUUGCGGGACCGAUACUCAUCACUCUGAUGGCUUUCGUUUAAUACCUCCGUUCGUCGUGGCCCGUGUUUCGAGCAGCUGACGCGUAUCCAAUCCCUUCGUCGGCGGUUGAUAUGCACGAAUACGCGCAUUCAGACCACGGAGAGGUCUCCCGUACCUUCUGCUUUUAAAGGAACGCGAAUUUCCCACUUUGAUCUCUGUCUCGCUCGUUCGUUCGAAUCCCCUACCAAAGAAGUUCUCGCUUCCAGUUACCAGCGAAUCGAAUCGAGGUCGUAGUUAUCCUUUUUCUUCUGGUAUUCUCGUCUAUUCCGUCGAACAGCAAUCGGUGUCGCCGUUCGAUCGUGAGAAGCCCCGUGGAUCCGUUCCGAGUCGGUUUGCUUCGAGCGAACGCGAGAGCGCAAAGAAUCAGACCGAAAGAUGGAAAUGCGCAGCGCAUCGAAUACGGGGAAACGUCGAAAGAAUAGGUUCGCCCGCGAGAAGCCUCGUGUUACCUCUUGUGGAGCGAACUAGAAGCCAGGAAAGUGGUGCAACGCUAGACUCACCGCGGAGUUUCAUCUUUCACCGCAAAACCGGGCCGAGAGGAAGCAAAGCCUGUCUUGUGUUCGGACUCGCCUGUA